AGCACUUGAAAAUAACAAGAUUUACUGUCUAGGAUAGACUUGGAAGAACUUAUGAAAAAAGAUGAGCCACCUCUUAAGUUUCCUCAAACACUUGAUGAAUUUGAAUAUGCAUUUAAUGAAAAGGGACAGUUAAGACAUAUAAAAACUGGGGAGCCAUAUGUAUUUAAUUACCAUGAGGACUUGCACAGAUGGAAUCAGAAACGUUAUGAAGCUCUUGGAGAGAUUAUCACACACUUUGUUUAUGAACUUUUAGAAAAAGAAUGUCAUUUGAAGAAGGUUCAUCUCCCGGUGGAUGCUACAGAAGAUGAACCAAAGAGCUUCAUCUUUAUGAGCGAAGAUGCCAUUACAAACCCUAGCAAAUUGAUGGUUCUGAUUCACGGUAGCGGGGUCGUUCGGGUUGGACAGUGGGCCAGACGAUUGAUAAUCAAUGAAGAUCUUGACAGUGGCACUCAGAUACCUUUCAUUAAAAGGGCUAUGAAUAAAAUGGAAGAGACAACACACAAUGUGUCGCUUUUGUCUUGAAGAUUGGCUGAAGUGGUCUGAAUCACCGAAUCAAAGCCAAAGGGGGGAAAAAGCAGUGCUUUAGAAUGUGCAGUGUGAGAUACUCUCGGUAGAAGGUAGUACUUCAUGCAGUUGUAAUCAAUGCACUUGACACUUUCAAAGGCAAGAGAAGCCACGACUUGCUUAGGGGUUAAACUUUUUAAAUGACUUCCCGAGGGAUUGCUGCUGUCAAUAAAAUGCAAUAAUUAGUGGAGGAUUCUAUAGUGUGUAUUGCAAAAAAAAGAAAGCUUUGGCAGAUUUUGCAGAGCUGGUACAACGUUCCUACACUUCUCUGAUUUAUUUUUUCCCUAUUUGUCAAAAGAGAAUUUGACACUUUACCAAAAUAUUUGCUGCCGAGUUGCCGUGCUUUUACAAUUCGUGGACUAUUUUUAGUUGGGACCUAGUCUUUUGGUGAUUUUGUCAUUUUGGUUUUUACUUUGCCUUUUGUGAUAUUAGUAUAGAAUAUAAAUGUUGUUAUUCUUGUGUUAAAAAUUUUUAAAAGUUUCAAAUUUUUAACUUAUUAAACCAACAAUUUGUUUUUCCUUAGUUUAUUCUUGACUUUGAAAAUUUGACAUUGAUGUUCCAAUCCUGUGGCUUUUUUAAAUAAAAGCUUUCUCAAUUGAUUUUU